GUAGUCGCGAUCAGUGUUCGUCCGCUGAGCUGACGCGCGGGCGUGCGGUAACGCGCGGUGCGGCACGAGCGAGUUUAAAAUUCGAUCGCUGCGAAUUCCGGGACGCCAAUCCGUGCGAUCUCCUCGAUCCGGCGUAGUGAUGUGUGUGAUGUAAACAGUUGAUAUCGAUAGACGGUUACUGUGACAAACAUGAUGACUAUGGACGUCGGGAUGUAUAACAACCAGCAGAACGGUUACAGCGCAGAGUACUACCAGCAGGGAGCGGCCUACCAGCCUGCUUACGAGGGCUACCACGAGGGUUACUACGAGGCGCCGGGGCACUACUACGAGCCGCUGCUGCACGGGCAGCCGGCGCACGAGCACCCCCCGACGCCUGUCAUCAGCACGGACACUGGUUUAUGUUACACGAAUCUGGACUAUGGGGAGCUGCAGCCGAACUAUCCGAUCCACUCGCUGCCCCCUCACGCGGAGUCGUUCAAGCACAGAGAAGAGGUGCUGAGACACGAGGACAUGCACGUGCACGAGCACAAAUUAGAUAAUCACUAUUUAGAAACGAAGUAUAACAUGCAUUUUGUGGAUGAGACGUCGAUGCAGUACAACCAUGCGGGGUCGCCGCUGCCGUGUGCGGAGUUCGAGCACUACCAGCCGAAGGAGGAGUUCGGAGGGCUGCGGGAGGGCUUCCCGCGGGACGGGGACUGCAUGCCCCACGUCGGGCACCAGCCCCACGCGUCCCACACCGCGGUACCUACGUAUAAGUGGAUGCAAGUCAAGAGGAAUGUACCAAAACCUAGUGCACCAAAGCUGAUGAUCCCGCCGGCGGAGUUCGUGAACCAGGGCGUCCUCGGCAGCCCACAGGAGGGCCUGCGCACUCCCACCGGUGGACCCAUGCUGGCCAGCCCGCUCCUAAACCUCAACAACACCGGACGCACCAACUUCACCAACAAACAGCUUACCGAACUCGAGAAAGAGUUCCACUUCAACAAAUACCUCACCCGAGCGAGGAGGAUAGAGAUCGCCUCCGCUCUCCAACUCAACGAAACACAAGUCAAAAUCUGGUUCCAGAACCGACGGAUGAAGCAAAAGAAGAGGAUCAAAGAGGGGCUCAUUGUAGCUCCCGAGGUGACCCCCUCUCCCUCGCAAGCUGUCGGCUCCAACGAGAACAGCCGGGAGUCCAGCUAAACCGUGCACAGUGCAGUGUGAACAGUACAAAGACUAUUUAGUGACCCGCUCAUUUGACUUUUGUAUAAAUAAAUUAUUAUGUACGAAAUCACGGAGACACAUUGUUGGUUUAAGAUCACUUGCAGGAAAAGUCGGUUGAAAUUAAAGCCUUGACAUUUAGAGCCUAGUUAGACAGCUAUUUCUUUACACGAGGUUUUUGUUAAAGGAUGAAUGACCUGUCUAAAAAUAUUGUGUUCUGAUUUAACUUUCAACGAACAACCACAGUUCGUGGACACCCAAACUAGCCAAAAAAUUCGCGACACGUCUUUGUGUCAAUUGGAAUGAUAUUGUCAAUUUUUUGGCCACUUGGUAUCACGUACUAUUUGACGCUGACUGUACGACUCAAAAUCAUCGUGGUAAUCGUCAAGUAUUAUAAUAGCUAGGCCUUGAUACUAUACUAAAUACACGUGCCUGCAAGUGAUCCAUUACAAAACUGCGCUGUGUAUCUCCGAACCUAAAUUAGGACAUGCUUUAGCAUUGCUACAUCGACGUUUGAGAUUAGAUUAUGCUAUGUUUAAGUUCUUCAGUCAUUCAUUUAGAGCUAGCUUCUAAAAUCUAUAAAAUCAGUGUAAAUAGUGCUAACUGACAUGUUUUGGUAACGGAAUGGAGUGAUAGCUUUUUCAAUUCAAAAUCACAUUUCUUACUAAAAAUAACAUUUUUAUCAAUACAGAUUUUUGAUAUAGUCUCACUUAAGUUUACAUCUCGAAAUGGUAAUUGGACUAUACUACAAUUUUAUAGACUACUAGCUUUCCGCCCGCGGCUUCGCCCGCGUGGAAUUUUGUCUGUCACAGAAAAACUUUAUCGCGCGCGUCCCUGUUUCAAAAACCGGGAUAAAAACUAUCCUAUGUUCUUUCCCGGGACUCAAACUAUCUCUAUGCCAAAUUUCAUCAAAAUCGGUUGCGAGGUUUAAGCGGGAAAGCGUAACAGACAGACAGACAGACAGACAGAGUUACUUU